AGUAUACCGCAGUAUUGGAAGUCAACUACUGCCCAGCAGAGACAGUAUAGCAGGACCACUGCGGCAGCACAUACACCACCUGUGAAGCCGGCACAUCUCACACUACAACAUAAAUUCGCAGAACACAGUAAACGGCCACUCAACGCUCGGUCCUCAAAACCGCACCGCAGCAACCAAUUUCGCCUCGUGAAAUCUUUUCAUCACCUUUUUAUUCUUAGCUACACCUCCAACACCAUGUCUAAGCCAGACGAGAUCCCCGCACUGUCAUACAUUCUUGAGCCUGCCUUCGUUGCAUCCCUUCUUACCGCAGGAUGUCUCCUCAACCGCCGUCCUCCUUCACUUAUCGUCCAAGCCCAGGCCGCUACCAACGAGGACGUUCCUCCUCCUGGUGACAAUUCCUGGAACUGGAAGGAUAUGAUGUUCUUGAAAUGGCCUGUGAGGGUACCUGGCAAUGAGAGGUUCAGGGGAAGAUGGACGAGUCGGCUGUUGGGCAUGUUUCCGUUCUUGAUGGAAGUCUGGUACUGGCUCUUGACAUACUGGAUAUACCAGGUCGCUCGAGCUAUUCAAGCUCUUACCAUGGGCGCCGAUUUCCGAGUAUUAGCUGAAAAGCACGCGAGGGAAAUAAUUGCUAUCGAGCGUUGGUUACAUAUUGACUGCGAACUUUCGUUGCAAAAGUUUGUCAUGAAGACUAACUGGUUGUUGAUGUUCUUCAACAAGACUUACGCGAUGGUCCACAUCCCCGCUACCAUCGCCUUUAUGGCUUACUCUUACCGCUACUUUAAGCCUUACAUUUUCCAGUCAACCCGUCGUACUUUGGUGCUUUGCAACUGUCUUGCAUUCAUUGUCUUCUCCAGUUGGCCCUGUAUGCCUCCUCGUCUCAUGCCUUAUGAAGAGUUCGGUUACAUUGAUACUUUGCACACUGGCAAGGCUGCUAGUAUUUGGACUACCAACAAGUUCCAGAACCAACUGGCUGCUUUCCCUUCCCUCCAUUUUGGCUACAGCUUCGUCAUCGGUCUCUCCCUCUUCCUCUACUCCCCUCACCGGCCUAUCCGUGCAAUCUCCCUCUUGUACCCCCUCCUCAUCCUGCUUGUCAUCAUGGCGACUGCGAAUCAUUACCUCCUUGACGCUGUUGGAGGUUUCUUCGUCACAGUUUUGGCGCAUAGGAUUAACAGGCUGGUAUUGAACUUGAGGCCUUUGGAAGAAUGGUUUUUCUGGUUAAUCAGGACCGAACGACCCAUGGACAAGGUUGUGUUUGACUCCGUCAUCAGUCGAGAGAAUGUGUCCCAUAGGGAUAGCUCAGACAUCUCUCACAGGCCUUUGAUUUUCCAGGGUAACCCCGCCUAAGCUUGCUUGGUAAGGUGGAUGGGCGGAAGACGAAUGAUGGAGGAAGAGCCGGAGAGGCAGGGUGGUAUGGCGAGUAGAUUUCCAUACCUGGAGAUCUUUUUCAUGAGGAUCCCCAGCGGAUAAACUGUAGCUAGCACGGAUCUACAUUCAUGUUUUUUUUUUUUUGCGCAUAUUCUUGACUUUGAAUUGUGGUAAACUUUCUCCCUAUCAUUCAUAUACUCCACUUCUCCCACUGUCAUGUCAUAUACAACCUUCUUCUUUUAAUUUUUUUUUUCGAACUAUACAUAACUGCAACUGUAUCGUACGCUACGAGUUCCGACGUUUCUUUCCAAUUUUAUAGGAUAUUAGAUGUGUCCCCUGCAUCGGCAUCAGCAUCAACCCCAUCACGCCCAUCAGGGGGAAAGAAAUCAGUCGUCAGU